ACUCAUUCCUUGCUCACCUAAAACAUCCCCCCUUUCUUUAAUUACAAAAUCAAAAUGAACAUUAAACAGCAGCAGCAAAGAAUUACAUACAGUGAGUUAAACAAUAUGAUCAUUUCCAUUCCUAAAACCCUUGUUUCUUCUUCUCAGUUUAUUACCUCCAAAAGCUCCAAUCUUUCUCAGUCACAAAAAUUCACUUCAGAGAGAUACUUUAAUGUGUUUAACAGAAAUGGAGAGCAGAAGAAAUUGAUUUUCGGAGAUUCUAAGAAAUGGGGGUCUUGUGGCAAGCUUGGUUUUAGAGUGGGUUUCUCAGCUUCUGAUGGAUUGAGUUUAGAUUCUUCAGAUGAUUCUGAUUUCAUUAAGAAAAGAAAAGUUGUGGAUCACAUUACUUUGCUGAAAGCAAAAGAGGGUUUAUCGGACGAAGAUGAGAAAGAUAUGUUAGAUCAUCUUUACACAUCUCAGUAUCAGAUGGGUGGAAUUAUUGCAAUUUCAUUAGGCCGUGCCCGGAAUAAGAACCUUGAUGGUUACACUCACGCGGUGUACAUGCGUUUCCAAGGAAAGGAAGAUCUUGUGAAGUUUUAUGAGAAUGAGUUCUACUUGGGAGUUCUUAAGGACCAUGUCAUGCCUUACUCCCAUGAAUUGCGUUAUGUGGAUUACGAAGCUGAAGUAGAAGAUGACAUUCUGCCCAUAUUUCGGAAAGGACAGGAAUUCAAUUACGGUCUGGAGUUCAUGCUUCUAAUUUCAGUUGCGGAGAGUGAACAUGGUGAGCCCAUAGAAGAUGCUUUGCUUGCGCAUGCAAAUUUGGCCAGGGAUUUUCCAUCCUUGAUUGUACAAUUUACUCAAGGAUCCAAUUUUAAUCUCAGCAGUAAAGAAUACUCACAUGCUGUAGUUAUACGCUUUCGAUCAACUGAGGCCUUUGAGAUGUUUGUAGGUAACUCAGAAUACAGAGAGAUGUGGACCUCAAAAUUUGCACCAAUUGUACAGAAAACUCUGGCAAUAGAUUUUACUAUUGAUCCCGUCGGAACUGAACUUAUGUAGCUGGAUCUGCAUAGCUGGACAGUUAUCGGGUCUCUUUCCUUGCUGACCUACUCGUGGAAUAUUCCCAGAAAAAAUUAGAUGGCAAAGAAAUAUGUACGUGCAGUUUCUUGCAAGGAGAUCCACCAAGAGGUUGGUGAUUUUUAUCUCACAAAUUUAUAGAAUUGGAUCUUUAUACGCACUGAGAAUGUCAAUAACAGUGUGUUCUUGCUGCCAAAUGUAUUACCUGGAUUAUCAGUUGUUUUAAAUACAGCAAAAUUCAUGUCAAAUCGUGGUCCAUUUAUAUUUUCUCUUUGUAGUGGCUUACUUAUAAAUGUAUGUAAAUCAAGCUGUAUACAUUUCUAAAAUAAAUAAUAAUACAUAAUUCUGUACAUGAGAUUUGUCGGUUCC